UAUACUUGUGUCAAUUAUUUCUCCAAUACAGCCUAGCUCUCUCUUCUAUCCAAUCUGAACCAAGCUCUGAUAGCACUUCUGGAAUUUUAUUUUUAAGCAAUUCUCCUCCAGGUUCAAAUAAUUGUACAAGCAUUUUACUUUCUGCUUUCGUGUAG